GCUUUGUGGCUUCAUUUAACUUCCUCGAUCUCCUUCCCUCCCUCCCUCCCAGCAGCUCGGAGGACAAAAUUCCCAGCCUGCCAUCCUUGGGUGCGGGGGUGCGAGCCUCCUUAAAGGUAGACCUAGAGGACGAGAAGGAAAGUCCUUGCAGGCUGCUUGCAAGGGUCACCCAAGCGGAUCCUGCAGCCAAACUGUUGCAAGGCGCCCUGCGGCUCUCCUUCUGCUCUGCAAGCGGCAAGUCCCUUCCAAGGACCCCCUCACCCCUCUUUUGCAGGAUGAGUGCCGCGUUCGUAGCAGCGGCGGGGGAGAGGAACAAGGAGCCUAUCCUGAGGGUCCUCCGGGACUACGUGAACCCCUGCCAGCCGCAAGUCCAGGUGCUGGAAGUGGCUUCAGGCUCCGGGCAGCACGCGGCCCACUUUGCCCAAAUGAUGCCCAACGUGCUCUGGCAGCCCUCGGAUGUGGAUCCGAAAUGCAUCGAGAGCAUUUCUGAAUUUAUCAGGGCGUACCGCCUCCCGAAUGUCAAACCACCCAUUUACUUGGAUGCAUCGCGCAGCUGGGAGACGUGGGGCAGCUUGCGCCCGGACUCUCUGGACCUCAUUGUCAACAUCAACAUGAUUCAUAUCUCGGACAUGAGCUGCACGGAGGGUUUGUUCAGAGGAGCAGGAAAGCUGUUAAAGCCUAAAGCGGUGAUGGUCACAUACGGGCCUUAUGCUGUGAAUGGCUGCAUCUACCCACAGAGCAACGUGGACUUUGAUUCCUACUUGAGGCAGAGAAACCCAGCCUGGGGCCUCCGGGACACGGCUUUGCUGCAGCAGCUUGCUGAGAUCAAUAGGAUGUGGUUGGAGAGGAUGGUCGACAUGCCUGCAAACAACAAGUGUCUUGUUUUCCGCAAACACUAAGCCAGCCCAUCCACUUUCUCUGCCAAGGAGAAGGGACCACCAAGGACAGUCAAAGUGUCGCCUGCCGUUGCCAAAUUUGCUCUGUGUCUGUCGUGCUCAAGCCCACCAGGUUUCUAGUAGCUUCUUCAGCUCCUGGCUGAAAAUAGCUCUUGGCGAGAUGAGAAUGAUGUCCUGUAUGAAGAUCUGCAUCAGGGGAGAAAAGCCUUUACAGAGAAUGGAGCUUUGCCCAAAGCUUUCUGGCCAGUGUUGAGCUAGCACAGGGAUGGAGGAGCUGCAGUCUUCCCAGAUGUGCUUGGACUCCCAAUUCCCAUCGUCCCCCAGGCAGCAUGGUCAGGGGAGG